ACUUCCCGGCACCAGAACGGGCUUGGUCGGAAAGGGCCCGAGAUCCUUUCCCUUCUGCGUCCUUUCUCCUUGAAGAGUUGAACACCGAUCAAAAUAACACGUUCAGGCACUUCACGUGCGCGGAUGGAAAGCUUGACGGAAGCAAAUUGGGGUGAUGGUCAUUGAUGGUCCCACAGUUUGCCACCCCGCAUGGGCCUCUUCCUCCGGCCCAUCGAGCUUGACAAUGCCGCUAUGGCGGCUCGCUGGUCUGACGCCCUAAGCGCGCAAAUUAUCGAGGGCGGCCGGAUGGAUACGUCUACAAAUUGUGAGCGAAGUGACGACGAUGUACGAGUUCUCUAUCCAGGGGCAAUGUUGCACAAUUUUUGAGAAGGGAAGCGCCUCCCCCUCCCUUCUGGUUAGCAGUAACAGGGUGCGAUGCGCACCUUCCCGCAUAAUUUUGCGCGAGCGGCUGGCAGACGGCUGUCCUGAUGCGCUCGCGAGACCCCAUCACGAGGGAAUGCAUGGGUGGCCGUACGCCCGCCCUGCGCCUACAGUGACGGCCUGGUCGGGUUUCAUUGCGCGGUGCAGGUUAAUCGCAAGUAUCGCCCGCGUCUUGUGCGCCCUUCCCCACGCCCCGCUCGCCGAGCGAUGCCAUUCGGCACGUCUACGGCCUUCAUCCUUGCCCCGACGUGCGUCUGGACGAGAAGCGCCCCCCAUUGCGCGCACGACCGCAGUCGCGACCAGGACGCCGCGCCUUCUGAGAAGCUCAUUAGAACUCAGGCCCGCGGGACUCAAGAGGGAAGAGAGGGGACACGCGCCUUCUCUGAGUACAGAAGCGAACUCUCGGUUUGCGCGGACCCAGCAGCCUGGACUGAGACUCGGUGGCACAUCGUGCUACGUGCGGCACUUUACCGAACGCGGCGAUGCCGCGGCGUCUUUGGGACGGCGAAUGCGCUGGCCGCGAGUACGGACUUGGCGCGCGGAAGGCCCACCUUCCAAAUCCGGGUGUCCCUUUCUCUUGGAACCUAUGAGCGACACAGACAAUGUUGUCCGUACGCCGCCCCCAAGUCCGAGCAGCCCGUCAUCGAGGGGAGCUGACGACGCAGCCCAAGGCUCAGGAUCAGAGCCGCCGUGACCGCAUACGCCGAUUGACCGUGCCCGCCGAGGCCAGACUUCCGGACUCCAUCGUCGAGGUCUGCAGGCACGAGGCGACCGAGGCUGCAGACCUUGAGCAUAUCUGAUUACGCCAAAUCCCAGGAGUCCAUCGGCCUGUAGCACGUUUUACCAUCGGGCGGGAAGGGCGGGACAACGCGGCAGUGCUGGUCAUUCGCUGCCGAUUCAAGCGGGCCCCGGCUAGGAGCGUGGCGCACCAGACCUUUCCAGCGAUGCGCGUCCGCGCAAUUCCUGAGGUGUCGCGCGAACAUAGGGCGGCGGAGAAGACGCAGUAGACGGGCACCCCGCGGGGGAAGAGGCGGCCUCCCAUCCGCGCAUCGCAUUUGGGGUCGCAGGCGCACGGCUGCUGUCUGCCUCCGUCAGAGCUGCGUCCAGGAGAUCAGGGCGUGGCUGCCUA